CAUAAUGACGUAAAUUAUAAAAGAAAAUAAAUAAAUUAAUAAAACAAAACAAAACUGACUUGAUCAGCUGUUCGGUUGUGUCGCCGGAUGAUGACGUCGUAGCCAGCGUCCCCGGCAGGCUGCAGUUCCGAGUUGCGGCAAUAAAAAACAAAAAUAAAAUAUUUCAUCAACAAAAAACAGAGCAGCGGACUCAGCCGGUGCAGUUAGCAGCGAUGCACAUGUCAGUGCGUGAGAUCCACGUCUCCUCGGAGCCUGACUCCUCCUACUUCCUGCGGGUGGACUGGAGGGGGCGGGACUUAGGUUCAGGCUUCCAGCUGCUCCUGACUGACGGACAGGACGCUUGGAGAGGAGAAGUGAGCGAGGCAGCGGUGUGUGAGGAGGCGGAGGAGCUGGAGAUGCAGAAGGAGAGGUACAUCCAGGACCUCCAGCAGGCGCUGACCGAGACAAAGAGCUCCGUCGCUUACAGCUUCAGCUUGACGCCAUCUCCUCCAAACCGCAGCUCCACCGUCACGCUGGCGUACGAGAAGGUUCAGAAGGACAUCUCGUUCAGGUUGGGUUCUGUUUCUCUGAACGUCGUCCCGACGCCGGCGGAGGCAGUGCGAGGGUUACUGAUUCACAGUCUGGAGAGGGGAAAUACACUGGAGCGACAUAACCAAGCACUAGAGGAGGAGAACCAAAGACUGAGACGAGAACAGCAACGCAUCACUGCAGAACUAAAGCGCUAUGCUGGUGGUAAAGAGGCCCUGGAGACAGAACUCUACUCUCGGUUUGUUCUGGUCCUGAAUGAGAAGAAGGCCAAGAUCCGCAGUCUGCAGGAAAGUAUCACAGACCUGCAGGAAGCGAGGAGUUCUGAGGGAAAGAAAAAGGGAAAUUCAGUGAAAUCAGACCAAACAGCAGGUCAGGAGGAGGAGGUGGCUGAGGAGGAUGAGUAUGGAGGUAGCACUGACGAGGAGCCAGAGGAAGAGCAGACUAACCUGGCCUCGGCUCAACCUGCUGCUCGGGAGUCCUCAACUCCGACCCCAUUGGACGACAGCCUGAGUGACAUCACAGACGUCGCACCCUGUCGUAAGCGCCGCUUCCGUCACCUCGGGGCCCCGGACCCCGCGGUUAAGCAACCUCACCCGCAGACUUCCCAGAGAAAGAGGAGCGACUCCCCUGCAGCAGUCAGCAAGCUGCAGACUCCUCAGCGCCCCGCAGAUGCUGCAGCAGCAAGUUCAGCAGCAGAGGACCUGUUUGAGGACUUUUGACCCUUUACAUCCAGAUUCACUGUACAGAGUGAUAAAACUGAUCACAGCACUGAUUUAUAUUGAUAAAGAUGUGAUAUUUUUAUAUUGAUGAAUGGAUUUAAGGUCAUGUGUUGCAGAAUGCUUAUUUAUAAGGAACUGUACUGCUAACUGAGACAGAGGGGUGACAAAUUAAAGUAAAACCCAACAUUUAGAGUGUUAGUAACGGCAUUCUGACAAAAUAUGUUCCCUCAUUUGUUCUGUAGAUGAUGGUGGUGGAAAACGCUGUCUAAAGAAAAUCUAAAAUCUCCUUUGGGCCCUAUAGCUGCCCUUUAGCCACUAGAACCAUCUAAAGGAACCCAAGAACCUUCUUAAGGAUCACUAAAACCCCCUAAAGAAACCCUAAAAUUUCUUUUAGGCCCACUAGGGACAACCUAAGGGAAUCCUAUAACCUCCCAAAGGACCCCAAGAACCACCUAAAAGGAACCCUCAAAUGUCUUUCUUGCCCACUAGAACCACAUACGUUUGUUUAACCCUAGAACAUCCUAAAGUAGUACUACAGUAAAACCACCUAAAGAAACCCUAGAAUAUUCAAAAGGAUUUUAAAACCAUCUAAAGAUCCUAAGGGAUCGCUAGAACUACCUCAAGUAACCCUAAAACUUCCCAAAGGACCACAUGACCCAUUUAAAGGAACCCUAGAGGAUCACUAAAAGCACCUAAAGGAGUCUAGAACCUCCAAAAGGACCACUUGAACUGCCUAAAGAAAUCCUAGAACAUCCUAUAGGAUCACUAAAAAGAACCCUAAAAUCUCAUGUCUUCCCUCUAGAGCCACUUAAGGGACCUGUUAACCCCUUUACAGAUUGCUUGGAGCACCUAAAGGAACCCUAAAAUCUCUUUUAGGCCCACUAGGGACAACCUAAGGGAAUCCUAUAACCUCCCAAAGGACCCCUAGAACCACCUAAAGGAACCCUCAAAUGUCUUUCUUGCCCACUAGAACCACAUACGUUUGUUUAACCCUAGAACAUCCUAAAGUAGUGCUACAGUAAAACUGCCUAAAGAAACCCUAGAAUAUUCAAAAGGAUUUUAAAACCACCUAAAGAUCCUAAGGGAUCACAAGAACUACCUCACGUAACCCUAAAACUUCCCAAAGGACCACAUUUGAAGGAACCCUAGAGGAUCACUAAAAGCACCUAAAGGAGUCUAGAACCUCCAAAAGGACCACUUGAACUGCCUAAAGAAAUCCUAGAACAUCCUAUAGGAUCACUAAAAAGAACCCUAAAAUCUCAUGUCUUCCCACUAGAACCACCUAAGGGACCUGUUAACCCCUUUGGAGAUUGCUUGGAGCACCUAAAGGAACCCUAAAAUCUCAUUUGGGCCCAUGUGACCCACCUAAACGAACCCUAGAACAUCCUAAAGAAUGGUAUAACCAGCUAAAAACUUCUAAAGGAUCAUUCAACCAUAAAGGAACUCUUGAACCUUUAAAAGGACCACCUGAAACAUCUAAAGGAACAUUAGAGCACACUUUAGGAAUACUAAAACCACCUUAAGGAGCCAGAGUACAUCCUAAAAGAAUGCCAGAACCAACUAAAGCAACCUUAGAACCCCCUUAAUGACCACUAGAACCUCCUCAUUGACCAUUAGAACCCCCUAUAGGAUCACUAGAACCUCUUGAGAUCUGGUGGCAGACAAGAAGGUCACCCUUAAUGUUCUGUAUGGAAGCAUCUACAGUGAGUUUGUUUCAGGUCUUUUCUCUAAUUUGUCGUCCGUCUGUCAUUUUGCAGAAUGAAAAUAAUAUUUUAAACACUUCUUGUUGUAAAGUGCUUCAUGAACUGGUGAUGAAUUGUGGUUUCUACAUGUUUACAAAAUUUUGUGUAUUUUUAAUAUUUGUGCCAAUAAAAACAUUUAAA